AAAUUAGCCCUGAAGCUAAAGCAUUCAGAGGGAUACAGCUCCAAGCAUCCGGAUUUUGAUGCAAGCCUCCCAAGAAUGAGAAUGCAUUGAUCCAUGGAGAAACAUGAGCCCUGCUUCCCUCUCAUUCCCUUUCCAAGUCCUCUCCCUGGAGGUGUUUCCAGGGCACAGCCAUGUUUAUGCAGUCAGAUGAGACCCGCCUAGGUGGCAGCUGGACUGUGUUCUUGAAUAGCUUGGCGAUCUUUAGCAGACGCGUAACUAAGCCUCUGAGUCUGGUUUCCUCAUCUGGACAGGCUUAGUGGGCCCUUAAAUGGGCUCAUGUAAAGCUGUGCUGAUGGACCUGGGCGUGAGGGAGCCUUUCCCGGGAUCCUCGAUCUGUUUGGAAGUGAGGGUGGCCUUUGUGAAUACAGGGCCAGAUCCUGGCUGGACAUGGUUUUGCUGUGCUUGCCCUGUCGUACUUCAGAUUUGAGGACCUCCCUAAAAACGUGAAUGACCUGCGCCUGGAGUACUUUGAAGAAGCCGUGGACUUUAUGCUGCAGCAUCCACAGGUGAAAGGCCCUAAUGUUGGGCUUCUUGGCUUCUCCAAAGGAGGAGACCUGUGUCUCUCAAUGGCUUCUUUCUUGAAGGGCAUCACAGCUACUGUACUAAUCAAUGCCUGCGUAGCCAACACACUUGUUCCUCUGCAUUACAAGGAUAUGGUCAUUCCCGAGCUUGGCAGCGACCCAGCGAAACAAAAAAUCACUGAGUCAGCCUGUCUGAUUUCUGUGGAUAUGUGGAACAAUCCACUAGAGGAACCCAACCUCCAAAGUCUUAUUCCACUGGAGAAGGCCCAGGGUCCUUUCCUGUUUAUUGUUGGCCUGGAUGAUCGAAGCUGGAAGAGUGGAUUCUAUGCUCAGGUAGCCUCUGUCUGGUUACAAGCCCAUGGGAAAGACAGACCUCAGAUAAUACAAUACCCGGAAGCAGGUCACUGUAUUGACCCACCUUAUUUUCCUCUCUGUAGAGCCUCUGUGCAUGCAGUGUUAGGCAAAGCAGUGUUCUAUGGAGGUGAGCCAAGGGCUCACUCAAGGGCACAGGUGGAUGCCUGGCAGCAAAUUCAACGUUUCUUCUAUAAGCACCUUAGUGGUACAGAACCUGUCACACACAGCAAAAUAUAACAUUGCAGUCAUGCACCACAUCCAUUAAUAAAAAUCUGAUUCCUGCAACUUGUGUUGAUUUUCCGGAGUACCUAG